CCCAUGGGAAUGAGGUUGUAUCUUUGGUGCUGCGCUGCACCAACGGCAGAUCACGCGUGCAAGCUGCAUGCUAUGAGUAGGGGUCGCACUAGUCCUAGUGGUACUAGUCCGGCCGUGCACGUGCCUAGACGUGUGGUAAGAAAGCGAACAGGAUGGACGGAGAAGUGAUAAGCUGGUGUUCUAAGCUAACCGAGUCGGUUAAUGCUGCAAUGGAUCCCAUAGUAGGUCAAGAGAGUCGCAUGCAGGCUUAUCAGCUUUGUGAAGAGUUUAAAACAUCUGCUCCAUAUUCUCUCUGCAUUGCUUGUGGUCAGCUGCUUGCCUCUGUCAGUAACUCAACAGUUGUUCGUCACUUUGGUCUUCAGCUUCUGGAAAAUUGUGUCAAGUUUCGAUGGAUCAGUUCAAGCCCUUCCGAAAAGCUUUCUUUGAAAGAGUUUGUGUUGAGCUAUUUCCACAAUGGGACGCACCAUCUUCUUGAGGAACAAAUGUGUAUCAAAGAUGGCUUGUCUCGCAUCAUGGUGGAAAUGAUAAAGAGAGAAUGGCCACAGAAUUGGCCUUCAUUGAUGUCUGAAUUGAACACACUUUGUUCUCUUGGGGAUACCCAAACAGAGCUAGUACUACUUGUAUUGCUGCGUUUGGUAGAGGAUGUUGUCACCUUUCAGAGUCUUCAGACAAGUCGUAGAAGAGAUGUCCUGCAAGCCUUGACAUCUCACAUGGCCGAACUUUCCACAUUCAUGAUACAACUGCUCAAACAUCAUGUACAGACUUAUAGACAACUGCAUAGCAAUUCAUCUGGCUCGGAGACGCAGCUUGCAAGCUCCAUCCGAGUUUCUCAGGCAGUAUUAUUGACACUGACUGGAUAUGUUGACUGGAUUGCACCUCAACACAUUUUUGCUGACAACAACGCAUUGCCAUCAAUGCUCUAUUCCUUACUCACAAUACAAGAGUUGAAACUUGCUGCAGUAGAGGUGCUUCAGCUAAUUGUAAACAGAAAGGGCAAACCAGAAGAAAGGCACCCCCUUCUUGUUUUGUUCAGUGCAGAUGCUAUCAAGACCAUCCUUGCAGCAGCCCAAAAUGCUUGUGCAGCCGGAUUGGAUGAGGAGAAUUAUAUCUUCUUGAAACGACUGUGUCAUGUCCUUACUGGCCUAGGUGCUCAGCUCUGCAUCUUAUGGGGUUCAGGUAUAAAGGAUAUUGGUCGACCUGAAAGAUUUCAAGAUUUCCUUGAGGCCUUAAUGGCUUUCCUGGGCCAUCCAAGCAUGCAUUUGUGUUCCAUGAUUGUGCCUCUUCUGUCAGCAUUCUUCCGUCAUGAUCAGAUCUCCAGAGAUGAAAGCCUUCUUGGAUUAGUGCCGCAGAUAUUGCAGAUAUUAAUUGCAAAACUACAGAAGGUUGGUUACCCAUCAAGGGAGGACUCGCCUACCUGCACCUACUCCCGGCUAGAUUAUGACAGUGACGAGGAAUUCUCCUAUAGUUUUGCUAUUCAUCGCACUCAUCAGACAGAAUUAGUGCGUCUCAUCACAGAUCACUGCCCACUCUUGGCUUUUCAAGCAGCUUGUGAUUGGCUGAGGGAAGUCAUAGUGUCACCCAUCACUGUUGAACCAGGAAGAGAUGCCUGUACGCAGCACUCGCCAUCCUACAUACAUUGGGAUGCUCUGACCUGCUUCUUGGAAAAUGUACUUGGCAGACUUUUUCAAAGUGAUGGGUUGAGCAAACUCACCCCACAGCUAGCACAACUUUUGCAGAUGACUCUCGCAUUUCAAACUGAGGACCCUACUCUCCUUUCCUGUGUAUUGUCUACUGUUUCAACAUUGUUUCCAGUUGUAAAAGAAAAACAAGAGCUUGUGAAUACUUUUCUUGAUAAGAUGUUUUCAGCGGCUGUAUUCUCACUGCCUGGACAAACAAAGAAGACGAGGACACGACCUGUACAGAAUGUCCGUAGACAUGCAUGCUCUGCCUUGGUGAAGAUUUGCCGAGACAACUCAGAGUUCAUGGUGCAUUUCUUUGAUCAACUCUAUGGCCGUAUCAAGCUUUUGAAUGAAGAUCAGGACCAACUGACGCAGUUGGAGAAAAGUACUCUGAAUGAAGUACUUAUUUUGCUGAGCAACAAAUUUAAACAUCUAGAAAAGCAGAGUGCUCUGAUACAGGAGAUUAUGGAACCAGUCAGAAUUGUGUGGAUGGCAGAUCCUAUGAAAGAAGUUCUGGGGAAUGAAGAAAGGUUUCUAGAGCACAUUGGGCUGUGCAAAACUCUUCCAUGUUCACUGGACGAUAAACAAGGAGCAAACAGGGCAACUAUAUUGGCAUGCUUGGCUACAAUGAUGGCUGUAAUGAAAAGGACUAAAUGGUCACAUAAUUCACAGGAAGUGCUUGGAGAUGAUGUAUCUGCAUCCUGUAGUAGUGCCAUCGUGUAUCAUGAUCCAUGUUUUCUCUUUGUAUUGCCGUUACUGGAUAAUGUCCUUGCCUUAAUGAGGACGAUGAAUGGAAUGUGGUCUCCAGAAAGCAGAGCUAGAAUCCCAGUUGAGUUCUCCAAAGUCUUUGAUAUUCCAGAUAAUGAUAAAACUGCUGUUUUAGGUUUGACUCAGCCAUCGUCAGAUAACUAUGAACUUCCGGCAAACAGGUCCACUACUGAGAAAAUACAAGGCUUCCUUUCAACCGCUCAAGAGCACUGUUGCCAUGUCCUGGCCAGUGCAUGCGACAACAUGGGACACAAGUUGUAUGCCUCCCGCCCCUUCACUGAACAUCUUGUACAGUCUAUGGCUUUGUUGCUGAAUCAUGCACCUGACAACAGACUUCGACCCGUUAUUCGUGUGUUCAUGAAGUCACUAGUCCUGCACUGCCCUGCAGAUUGCCAUGGUGAUGUUUUACUGCCAGUGUUACAUUACUUGGGUGACUUCAUGCUUCAAAGACUUACCUGUGCAUGGGAUGUUGUUAACAAACGGAUCGACAUGGGGGAGGAUUCUGAGACCAGAGAAUCAAACCAGGAAUCACAGGAGAUUAUAGAUGAGAUGUUUCUGCGACUCAUCACAAGGGACUAUCUGGAUCUUCUGAGUAGUGUUUUCAAGAAGAAGAAUGGGGGUACAGAUGCUAGUGAGGGUUAUAUCAUGGAGGAAAUGAUGGAGUCUGAUUCUGUAACAUCUGAGGAAGUGGGCCAUAAAAUGACAGAGUCAGAACAACUCGGUGAACUUGGCAAGAUGAUACUUCAAGAUGAGUCUCUCUGUAAAAGUAUGGUCGUGUGCGUCUAUUCAUCACUGUCAUGGAAUGAUACACAGACAUGUGUUAAAUCACUCAACAUUUGCUGGCCAAUAUUGCAACAGAUCGUGGAAAAACCCAUCACUCUUGGUGCUGCCAAGUAUCUGUUCACUUGUCUUCUGCUUGGUCUUCAAGUCCAUGGACAACAUGACACUUGUCUGGCAUUGCUGGUUCAAAAGACCUUCCAACACUACGAAUCUUUGCGGCCUAGAUUCGAUGUCCUCCAAGAAGUGAUGUUACAGAUACCAGGAGUCACACAAGAGGCUCUUCAGACUUUCGAUCGUCGCUUUAUAUUCAAAGAAGAUCACAAGAAACUUACCAGUGAAAAAAGUAGACGAGACAACUUUAAGAAACUAAUUGGUGGAAUAAUUGGGAGGCACAUUGGUCAAAUGUUCAAGAGAGAGAUCAUUAUAACAGACCUAAGACCUGUGGGAAAGCCAGUGAAGCACAAAAACACAUCAGAUGAGCCAGAAAGAACGGAUAUUGGUCUCGUAGCCUUGUUUGCUCACGAUUCAUGAAUGUAUUGAUAUGCAUAUGGCUAGUUAUUCUGUGAAUGACCUUUUUUGCUAAACUUGAAUAACAUUCAUCUUUAGGCCAUUGACACCCCCCAAGCUAAAUGAUGUCCAACUUUCCCUAAAAGUUGUCCAUUUUGUGUGUCCUGUAGAGUUGGACCUAGUUCUUAUGUAUUGGACUUGCUUUAAUAAGGUUUCCUUUGGGAGUUUAGCUGUAUAUCUUUCAAUCAUUCAUCCAUUCAUCUCUACAUAUAUCCCAGUACUUUCAACAAAUUGUGAUGCCACAGUGGAUGGAUUCAAUAGUUCAAAAGUUCAUUGUGCAUUCUUGGCCUUGACUCAGUUCUCAUUGCUUCUCCGUCAGCUUUCUGUAAGAGUGAGCAGUGUUUCUUCUUACUAUUGUUAUUAUUUCAUAGCCACUGUUAAGAACAGAUUUUUCUUAAAGUGAUAAGCAACAUCUUUAAGGCCUUAUUUUGUGCAGAAGCAAUUUUUGAGUCACAAUGACAACAGGUUUUUUUUUCCGGAGAGAUAUUGCACUCGUAAUAGUUUAUUUCUCUGACUUCAUAUUUUUCUAGCCUGGACUUCCAUUUGCUAAUAUUUCAUACUCAUCUGGAGUAAAUGUUGCCUUUAGCAUUUAAGUCUUUGUACAUGCAUUAUUAGUCUGGCUCUGUUAUCCUUGUGCUCUCAGUUGGUAGCAGUCUUUUGUUUGUGCUUAAGUGAAAUGCUGUCAUAGCUGUACUUAUGCAUCUCUGCUUAGAAAUUAUUAUAGGGGACUAGAAGUCAUUCUUGUUAGUGUCUUUGACAUCAUGAAAAUACUAGGACGUUACUAUAAUCAUAGACAAUGCCAUAAAACAGCACCUGUGAAGUCACACAACUCCACCAUUGUGGUACAGAACUGAUAACAGACCACGGGUGGAUCCCAGGUGGGCUUGCCCCCCACCCUCACACACACCCCAACACACAAAUCAAGUAAUGAAAAGACAAAAAAAGGUGGGGGAAGAAACACAGAGGGGAGGGUCCCAGCCCCAUAAAUGUGACAGUCAUACAAAACAACAGUUCUGCUUCCAGUGACCGGACCUCCCUAAGUUUGCAGCCACAUUAUUAAGACAUCAGUAAGUGGAAGUCUCCAGGCUAAUGAAAUAUGGAAAUAUCCAAAUCACCUUUGAUUUGAGGGGUCAAAAUGUAAUGUUAUCUUGUUUAUAGAUAAUAUUUUUCAGUUGCCAUUUGUCUGAAAUUUUUGCCCGUUAGAGCUCCCUAAUAGUGACUGCCUUGUCUUUGAUGCAGCUCACAGCAUGAUUUAGAUCUAUCUCUGUAAAAAAAAAAAGUUCACUUUUUUGGCCUACCGUUCUCGUACUUGAUAUUUGGAAGUGUCCUCUCUUUUUUCCUUUUUAUUUUCACUAAAUGAAAGUUUGCUGAAGCAGACAAUGCUUGUACUGAGUUUCCCAUAACUUAGAGUAGAAACCACUGGAGAAGUACACUUUAUGUUUAAGUUUGAUGCUACAGUAAGUAUAAAACAAAAUUUUGAGGUUCCAGUGUGAAAGAGGGCCCAGUUUUUCCUUAAAUCUAAUUUGUCAAUAUGAUACAUUUUAAUUUGAAAAUGGUAAGAAAAAAUUGAGCAUGCAAGUGAAAUUAAGAUUUGGCUUAAUUAUUAAUGUAAGGCAUUAACUUAAAUAACAAAUUUGUUAAAAUGAAAUUAAAACUAUUGUCGAAGUAAUUUUUAAACCUCUCUGUGUUUUCCUGACCAUUUCUGGUUAAAAGGGAUUAAUUUGAUUUGCUUUGAAUGCAGUGGCAGUGAUCUGUUAUAAAUGUUUUGUGCAAUUAGGACUUAAGUCUGUGCCCAAAACUUGGUUUAGUGUUACAGCUAACUCCAUUCUCAUGCUUUAAAAUCUUAAGCAGUGUUGGCAGCCCAGUACUGUGGUACACAUCUGUAGUGUUUUUUGGCGGCCGACUCGCCCCAUCUUCGACUGGACUUACUCCGACAGGUUGUCAAGGUAUCUUGUUGGCCUCCGCAAAGCACUAGCGGGGUUAAGUAAGGGAACUGUCCCAAAAAAACGGCACUUUGGUUGGUCAGUUCUUCGGGUUGUCCUUGUAAGUUCGGAUUCGUCUUGCAGAGCUUGUGUGGUGUCAAAGGGCAAUUGAGGACUGAUGUGCGUAUGAGCCAGGGCUGGGUGAUACCAAAUUGCUAAAAAAGGGGUGCUCCCAAUGAUUAUAGAUACCGCUCCUACUACACUCCCCCCCCACUUUAUGGACUAGGUCCCCCUUAAAUUGGUGUGAUGAAAGGGACCCUCCUACCUUGUGCACGGUAGGAAGUAACUAAAACUAAACUAAUGUGGAGUGGUAUUGAAACUACCCUUUACUUCAGCUGGCACAAUGGACAAGCGUAGGAGGGACGUGUACACACUUGCCAUGAAACCAUUCAUUACAAGUGUCACAUUGGAUCAUGAAGCUACCGUCGUCCGGCUUCCUACAAAAGCAGUAAACAUCUGAUUUACUUUUCUUUACCUUCCCAUUAUCCUCUGGAACAACACGAUCAGUACAGUUCUUCAACCUGUCAUGAUUCAUGGUAAAAAUUGUGUUUCUAUACUUGAUACGGUACAGGUAAGGUGACAACUUCUUGGUGAUAAGAGCUGGCCCCUUCCAUGGACUUAACUUCUUACAUUUACCCUGAAUGGAGGCGGUAUCCAAGAGGUAUACCAAGUCACCUUCGUUGAACUCCCGUGUUCUGACUUUCAGGUCAUAAUCUCGCUUCAUGCGCUUCUGGGUUGACCUCAGGGUACUUCUGGCAGCUUCACGGGCCUUCUCCAUUGCCUGGGCCAUCUCUGCGCAAUAGUCAUCUGGAGUGCCAGGCUGCCUCGCUGACACAGGUAGUGGAAAUAUCAGAUCAGCUGGCUGAUUGACUUCGCUACCUAGCAUUAGCAUGUUCGGCCUGAAGCCUGUACUUCAGUUUACGGUUGACCUAAGGGCACCUGCAAUGUGGUGUAAAUGCUUAUCCCACUGAUUCUGUGCUUUGCUGACAUAACACCUAACUGCAUCCAUAAGUGUCCGAUUAAAUCGUUCCACUUGUCCGUUUGCAGGACGGUAUGGAGUGGUUUUUGACUUAUGGAAUCGCAGAACCUUACACACAUUAGAAAAAAGCUUACUUUCGAAAUUUCUGCCCUGAUCUGUCACUAUCUGCAACGGGCACCCAAACCGACAGAAAAACUCCCCUACAGCAGCUAACGCUGUGGCCUCUGCGGUCUGAGAGGGCAAGGGCACACAUUCUACCCAUUUUGUAAAUUGAUCAACCAUAAUGAGAAUAUGUUCAUUUCCUUAGGUUGACUUUGACAGUGGGCCAAUGAAAUCUAGGUGAACUUUCUCCAUGGGUAACCCUGCAUGGUAGCUUGUCAUUGGACAUCGUCCCUGUUUAGCAGCUUUUUUGCUUUGAUUGCAUGCAGCAUGGGAACUGAUGUAGUUCUGGAUGUCUCUAGUCAUCUUAUACCAGAAGAAUCAAGUAUGAUUUUGGCUAUUGUCUUAUCCUUCCCGGCAUGUCCUGCGGUGGGUAUGUCGUGAUUCAUUUCCAUGACUCUGCUCUGUAGUGAUUUUGGCACUACCAGAAAUCCAUUGUCAUCAAUUGUCUUCCAUAAAAUGCCAUCUUCAAGCACAAACAACUCCCGGUUUAACCAUAGAUUCUUCUCAACCGGACCCCACAGCUUUAUUGUGGCUUCCUGUGGUUCCUCCUGUGAUAUUAACCAAUUCUGCAAGUGGACAAGUUGACCAUCCUUCUCUUGUUCCUCUUGAAAGUGUUGGCUGGAGACAGAUUCUGACUGUUCAGCAUCUACUCUGCGUUGCAACAAAACGCACUUUGUAGGUUUCAAUUUCAGCUGGAAAUCCUGAAACCUCUGCAGUACCUGACGAAGGUUGGCAAUGUGAUCGUCAAGCGUCUUCCCAAGUACAAGAAUGUCAUCCAGGAAGGCUAGAGCAACAUUCCAAUUCAAACCCUUAAGCACUAGGUUCAUCACUCUCGAAAAUAUUGCUGGAACAUUACACAGCCCAAACCCCAUACGGACAUACUCGUACAACCCGUACCUGGUGAUGAACGCUGUUUUCUUUCUAUCACCCUCGGCAAUUCUGACUUGCCAGUAGGCAGCAUUGGCAUCAAGCUUAGAGAGCCAUUCAUUCCCAGCUAGUGUGUCCAUGCAUUCCUCUAUGUUUGAUAGUGGAUACAAAUCUUUACGGGUAGCUGCAUUUUAAAUCCCUGUAAUCCAAGCACCAGCGGACACCUCCAUCUCGCUUCCUGACCAGAACAGGAGCUGAGGCCCAUUCUGACACUGACUGUUGAAUCACCCCUGCUGCCUCCAUUCGGUCUAGGUUCUCCUCUUGAGCAAAACCCAAAGGCGUACGCCUCAUCUUGCUUUUCACUGGCUUAGCUCCUUAGGUCUCAAUGUGAUGCUCUAUUGAGGUGAAGUUUCCCAAGUAAAACUCAUCACGAGCAAAGACCCCUUGGAAUUCAAUUAACAAUCCUUUCAGUUGAGCCUGUUCAUGUUCAUCCAGAUUUUCUGUGGACUUCUCCAGAAGCUCCUGUAAAUGUUCAGGCACCCUAAUGUCAGAGGUAGCAGUGACUUUGUUGACCGACAGAUUCUCCUCUGUAUCUGCAGCGGGAAUAUCCUUGACCGCAGCCACUUCCUCGGCAUUCCCAAUUUGUCGAUUACGUUUUAGCCGCACAUUCUGACCGGUAGGAUUUAUGACAAAUAGCUCUGCUUCUGAACCAGGACUAUGGAUUGUCCGAGGCAUCAAGGCAUUCAAGCUUGGUGAGGGCUCCACCACAAACUACUCCAAUGGUUCAGUCAUCCUACGUGGCACUUUCUUGACACAAUUAAGGGGUAUGAGCGUUGUUCUGUUGACCAACACCCAAGCAACUUUCGGAACCAAAACCAUCAGGAUCUCCUCCCCCUCCACCAAUAGCCUGGACUCUUGUAUGCAUAUGUCAACCUUGUGUUGACGAAGAAAGUCAAUUCCCAAGAGCAUAUCAUCCUCAAUCAGGGCCACAUAUAUUCUUUCCAUGAAGGUCUUGCUUCCCAGUCUUCUACUGGACCUGCCACUAUACCCUUCAUUUUCAUAUCCCUUCCAGCUGUAUUCAAGGUAACUCUUUGAUCUUGGGUGGCUUUGGGUUGAGGGUGUUGUGGACUCGAUCUGAGAUGAUUGUCACCUCUGCUGCUGUGUCGAUUAUGGCAUUCAAAAAUGUACUGUUCAGACCGACACAAACACUGAACAUCCAGCGUGAAUGCAGACGACACACAACCACUUCUUCGUCCUCACCGGGAUCUGACAAGAGAUCAGCUGACUCGUCUGCUGGCAUGCUACCCUGUGCAGGACCAUCCUCAGCCAUACCAUCUAUAUACAUGUACUCCUGGAACUGCUGCACAGGAAUCUCCAUCCCAGUAAAAUCUCCAUCACGGUGUCAUCCACCACAGUGAUUAUGUUUAUCUCUUCUAUUAAUCUCCAUCCCACUGACUGGGGAUGAACUUUCUGUCUCGUCUGGUGCUGACUCAUUAGAACUAACAGAUUCCAUCACAGCACUGGCUGCAGGUGGUGGCCACACAGUGGUAUCAGUGCCUGGAUUAGACACUGGUUGAAUAUUGGUUGAUAACAUCUACUGUUGUUGGAUAGAGCUGUCAAUCUGUCCAAGGAUUCACCUGUCCCUCCAAAGCUGUCAUUCGUUGCUUCAAAUUACCAGCUUGUGUAUGAGAGGAUAGCGGUAGGGGGUUGACAUCAACUUUGCAGAGCUCUGGCCCCAUGUCCUCCACAUCUUCUGGGGUACACAUCUGCUUCACAUUCGCUACCAUUUCCCUCCUGGAUAUUCCAAAGGUCGCCCUUUGUGUAUGCUGGAACCACUUCACAAGGUCAAUGGCUGCCUCUAUGCUUGUCGGCCUCGAAUUAAUGGCAUACUGCCCUGCCUCUCGGUCAGCACAUCCCUGGCAGAACUUAAGGACAACCUGUUUCUGCACAGAAUGCCCGUGUAGCCAUAUGUAAAACUCUGUCUUCCCAAUCCAGAAUACCCUCUUUUGCCAUCUGCCUGGAGUAGUUAAACUGCAUUUGGGUGGCUUCUGGCAGAUCUCGCAGUCUGUAUCUCUUUUCCAUCUUCCUGAUUAGAUGAAAAUACUCCAGUUGUGGCUCCCUCUCAAUUAGCAUAGCAUAGAAUUCGCUCGCCUUUCCCCCUAAGCACCAACAUAAGUUGUUCCUGUGUUGCCUUGCUGACAACCACAGUCGUCGGCAUAAGACGUAAACUUUACAAAAAAGGCUUGCCAGCUGAAUUUUCUAUCGUAAGUGAUGGUCUUCGGUAGGGUUGGGUGUUUUUGGGUUGAGGUGUCAUCCCUCCACUUGGUGAAUGCGGGCUUGCUGGACCAAGUAGUAUUAUCGUCUCGACCUACAUGGGUUGAACGUACCCCUCCAUAAGGUGUCCGUGUCUCCUGUGCCCGUAGCGGCAGAGAAAAUGCACCCUCAAAAGAUGGAGGAUACUCGUCAAAAGGGUAGGGUCCCUGUGAAAGACUUGAAAUUGGCCUUUCUGACUUCGGGAAGGGUAGACUCCAUGAAUCCGGAAACGACGAUGCAGAAGAUGCCCUGCCAUAUGUCGAAAAGCGGCACAUGCUGCAUCUCCUCAGGUUUUGACUUGAAGGGUGUUCUGCCGCCCCCCUGCCCUCCCUCUGAAAAACGUAAGUAGGGCCGAAAGUCGAACACCAGCAAAAUGCCGGGCAUGCUUCGUAUUCCGAGAACCGUCAUUAAUUGGUCUGGAGUCAAGUCACUCUGCACUCACCUCAAAUCUAUAAUAGUGUUCGCCAAAGCAUCACCAACACCUGCGAUGGUCACCAAAUCCCUAUGAGAGCAGUAAUUGAUGGGUAUCUUCCCCAUUGUACUAGAUCAGGUAAGCUUCUUGACCUGUAAAUUUCUUUGACUGAAGCUAAGCAACUUCUACAACUCCACUUUAUUGUGCGAAUGACAACAAUGAACAAGAAAGCAAAUCUUUGUGCUGUAUUUAACUACUUUACUAAAAAUACCCACUGAAAAACAACCGGGACAACUGGUUAACUUUCCCAAACUUGUCUUUAUUUCUAAUAACAACUUCAAACAGUUACGAAGACAAACCAACAACUUCAGCAGUCCUCCGAAAGAACAGCAAAAAAUCUCUGAUAAACAAACACAGCCAAAAAUGUUUCCUUCUGCCAGCAGAAAAUACUUGUAAGCAGCACAGAAAAUCUGUCAAAAGCAACAAUCCAAGCCUAUUUGACUUUUAAAGGCUUGCGAAAAGGUGCAAAAAACAGUAAUAUGGAGUUAAAUGCUUCAAUCUCUACGCACAGCCUGUGGAACUUCCACUUCUGACCUAAAAAAAAACAGAAACAAAACCAAGCUCUGCCUUUGGUUCUGAAAACAAAAAGAAAGCAAAAUCAAUACCGGACAAACAGGAAUCACUAUCUGUUGUCCUGAAGUGGAGGAAAAAAGACGCUGAUUCUCGAUGUAAAAAUGAAUUCGUUUCGUACGUGCGCGAAACGACGAUCGAAAAUCGAAAUCGAGUUGACAGAAUCGAAAAAUCACUUUCGAAAUAUCGGAAUCGGGAAACGCAGUAUCUGUUUACCCACAACGUUACAACUGCUAACGUUGACGAUGCCAGAAUCGAUUUUCAAAAAAAUCGAAACACAAAAAAAUCGAAACAAUGUACUCGAAAUUCUUGCAACGUCACAACUUCUAACGUUGCCUCGAGAAAAAGCUUAAUUCGUAAAUAAAUUACGAAUCUCUUGCCCUUGAAACGUGCACUAAUUAACUUAUCACGUUUCAAAAUUCAGUAUAGCAUCUGGUAACCCACCCGUUACAAAACGCAACGCAGUCCUUUAGCCCUAUGGGAUACACACUCCUUCCCAACUUGCUACUCCAGAGCUUGCUGGUGUGAUCGGCGGCCCUCGUGGUUUCCAAGCACGCCACAACUUUGGUCCGGUCGUGGGACAAAUAUCCUGUCUACGACGCAAAUGUAGUGUUUUUUUGGCGGCCAACUCACCUUAUCUUCGACUAGGCUUACUCCGACAGGUCUUCAAGGUAUCUUGUUGGCCUCCGCAAAGCACUAGCGGGGUAAGUAAGGGCACUGUCCCAAAAAACGGCACUUUGGUCGGUCAAUUCCUCGGGUUGUCCUUGUAAGUUUGGAUUUGUCUUGCAGAGCGGGUGUUGUCAAAGGGCAAUUCAGGACCGUUGUGGGCAUGCACCACGGCCGGGUGAUACCAAAUUGCUAAAAAUAAAAAAAGGGGUGCUCCCAAUGAUUACAGAUACUGCUCCUACUACACAUCGUUUAUCAUGGUCUGGAUUUUAUACAGGGAGAGAUCCGAACUGUAAUGAAAUCCUUUUCAAGCAAUCAUAUUGGUUCUAGAUUUCCUUCAAUUCAUUUGUCACUGCAUGCAAGAAGGUGAUUUGUUCAGUUCAUUUAAUAACUCAUUGCUGUUCACCAUUUUGUCUCUUGUUUAUAAGGGGUAUUGUUGGGUUACUGUGGCAGUAAAAAAAAAUACAAAAUCAUAUCUGAGGGGUAAUUUUGUGUUUCUUUUUUGUAGAAUUGGGUUUGCCUCGUUUUAUGGCAUGUCUUUGCUGUAAUUGUUAAAAGUAAGGACUCCCCCAUGAGUGUUUUGUCAGUACAUGUAAAUGAUUUAUGGAAUAAAGUAGCUUAUGCAUGUAACUUUGUGAUGACAUAGUUUUCUAAAAUCUCCUGAUAAAUGUUCAGUCAGGGUUAUUUGUUUUGAAAUUGACUGCGACCAUGCAGCAAUAAACAAAUAAUGCUUACAUUAAACAACGGAUUCAGUGUUCCUUUCUAGUAGGUAAAAGCCAUGUGCAAAAUAUGGGGGAUGCCACAAUACAAAGACUUUACGGUGGUGCUGUUCAAAAUUACCCGACAAUAGGCACUCUGCAUGGCCACAGAUAUCUCAAGUUCACCUGAAAUGCAAGUAGGUUGUUUUGUGACAACGCAGGUGGAGACAGGCCUUCUAUUCUGAGAACACUUUAAUGUGACCAGCUUUUCAUGAAAACGUAAAAAUUACACAGGCAUCUCUAGGUGGCUUUGUACUGCCAGUGGCAGAGUACACUCAACAUCCCCCCUUUAAGAUAAAGGGAAAAACAAUGAUUAACUCGAAUGCAAUUUUUUUGUGUCUGACAUUAACAGCAACAGGGUAAUCAAAGUCAAACUAAUAAUUGUAGAACUCUCAACAAUUAAAAACUGUUAAUUAAGAAGUUUCAUGGGGUUCAUUGGAUGAUGAUCAGAAUGUCCACAGUUCUGAAGGGUAAAAAAACAUGGAUAAGGUAUAUCAGGGCUUAUGGCAUCAUCCUGAUUUGAAUGAUGAAUAAACCUGAAUAAAACAA